GUUGUCCUUGUUUUUAUUUUUGUGUGUAUUUUUGUGUUUGUAGAUUACAGCAACCUCCAGGACUAAAAAAUAAAACCAACACUGGUGACAAAACCUGCAGUUCCUCUACUGUCCACUAGAGGCUGGCUUCAACAAUACACACUGAGGACAUAACGUAAUGAUCACAGCGGACACACAGGAAGACAGACGGACGGGCAGAGAGACGGUCCACCUGAACAUGGAUCACCUGUCGGUACUGGUGCUGGUGCUGGUGCUGUGGAGCUCAGCAUCCGAGCCUCCCACCAUCGCCCCAGAGCUGACCUGUGCCACUGGUAAUGGUGAAAUGUACCGAGGCAGGAUUGCUGUGACUGAAUCUGGCAAAACAUGCCAGAGCUGGUCGGCUCAGACGCCUCACCAACAUGACAGAACGCCAGAGAACUACCCCCACAAAGGCCUGGAUAACAGCUACUGUCGUAACCCUGACAAUAAGAAGAUGCCCUGGUGUUACACCACUGACUCUGAAACCCGCUGGGAGCACUGCAAGGUGCAGAGAUGUGACACAGACUCUGUCAGGCUGGUGAAUGGGACCAGUCUGUGCUCAGGCAGACUGGAGGUGAAGUCUAACCAGAGGUGGUCCUCAGUGUGUGAAGCUGACUUUGACCAGCAGGAUGCAGAGGUGGUCUGUAGGGAGCUUGGCUGUGGGGCUCCUUCAGUCCUCCAGGGGGCGCUCUAUGGAGAAGUGGAGGCUCCAAUGUGGACCAAAGAGUUCCAGUGUGGAGGCCAUGAGUCUGCUCUCCUGGACUGUAGAAGCUCAGGCUCAGAUAGAAACACCUGCUCACCUGGCAAAGCUGUUGGACUCACCUGCUCAGAGUAUGUCAGGUUGGUGGGAGGAGACAGUCACUGUGCAGGAACACUGGAGGUCAAACAUCGGGGAGAAUGGAAACUAGUGAAUGGCUUUGGCUGGACCCUGAAGACAGCAGGUGUUGUCUGCAGAGAUCUGGACUGUGGCUCUGCUGUUUCUGGAGGAGAGAGAAAGGAGUCCUCAGCCAGACCUGUGUGGGGGAUCGACCCUGACUGUGUUCACUCUGGAUCUGCUCUGAGGGAGUGUGCAGCAUCAUCUUACUCUCCCUUCAUCAUGGAUCUAACCUGCUUAGACUCUGUCAGGCUGGUGAAUGGGACCAGUCUGUGCUCAGGCAGACUGGAGGUGAAGUCUAACCAGAGGUGGUCCUCAGUGUGUGAAGCUGACUUUGACCAGCAGGAUGCAGAGGUGGUCUGUAGGGAGCUUGGCUGUGGGGCUCCUUCAGUCCUCCAGGGGGCGCUCUAUGGAGAAGUGGAGGCUCCAAUGUGGACCAAAGAGUUCCAGUGUGGAGGCCAUGAGUCUGCUCUCCUGGACUGUAGAAGCUCAGGCUCAGAUAGAAACACCUGCUCACCUGGCAAAGCUGUUGGACUCACCUGCUCAGAGUAUGUUAGGUUGGUGGGAGGAGACAGUCACUGUGCAGGAACACUGGAGGUCAAACAUCAGGGAGAAUGGAGACCAGUGAUAAGCUUUUUCUCUCCCUGGACCCUGAAGACAGCAGGUGUUGCCUGCAGAGAUCUGGACUGUGGCUCUGCUGUUUCUGUAGGAAAGAGAGAGGAGUCCUCAGCCAGACCUGUGUGGAGGAUCAGGUCUGACUGUGUUCACUCUGGAUCUGCUCUGAGGGAGUGUGCAAGAUCAGAUUCCUCUUCCUCUGUCCUGAAUCUCACCUGCUCAGACUCUGUCAGGCUGGUGGAUGGGACCAGUCUGUGCUCAGGCAGACUGGAGGUGAAGUCUAACCAGAGGUGGUCCUCAGUGUGUGAAGCUGACUUUGACCAGCAGGAUGCAGAGGUGGUCUGUAGGGAGCUUGGCUGUGGGGCUCCUUCAGUCCUCCAGGGGGCGCUCUAUGGAGAAGUGGAGGCUCCAAUGUGGACCAAAGAGUUCCAGUGUGGAGGCCAUGAGUCUGCUCUCCUGGACUGUAGAAGCUCAGGCUCAGAUAGAAACACCUGCUCACCUGGCAAAGCUGUUGGACUCACCUGCUCAGAGCCUGUCAGGUUGGUGGGAGGAGACAGUCAUUGUGCAGGAACACUGGAGGUCAGACAUCAGGGAGAAUGGAGACCAGUGAAGAGCAUUUUCUCUGACUGGACCCUGAAGACAGCAGGUGUUGCCUGCAGAGAUCUGGACUGUGGCUCUGCUGUUUCUGUAGGAGAGAGAAAGGAGUCCUCAGACAGACCUGUGUGGGGGAUCGACUCUGACUGUGUUCACUCUGGAUCUGCUCUGAGGGAGUGUGCAACAUCAUCUUCCUCUUCCUCCAUCCUGAAUCUCACCUGCUCAGACUCUGUCAGGCUGGUGGAUGGGACCAGUCUGUGCUCAGGCAGACUGGAGGUGAAGUCUAACCAGAGGUGGUCCUCAGUGUGUGAAGCUGACUUUGACCAGCAGGAUGCAGAGGUGGUCUGUAGGGAGCUUGGCUGUGGGGCUCCUUCAGUCCUCCAGGGGGCGCUCUAUGGAGAAGUGGAGGCUCCAAUGUGGACCAAAGAGUUCCAGUGUGGAGGCCAUGAGUCUGCUCUCCUGGACUGUAGAAGCUCAGGCUCAGAUAGAAACACCUGCUCACCUGGCAAAGCUGUUGGACUCACCUGCUCAGAGCCUGUCAGGUUGGUGGGAGGAGACAGUCACUGUGCAGGAACACUGGAGGUCAAACAGGGAGAAUGGAGACCAGUGAAUGGCUUUUACUCUCCCUGGACCCUGAAGACAGCAGGUGCUGUCUGCAGAGAUCUGGACUGUGGCUCUGCUGUUUCUGUAGGAAAGGGAGAGGAGUCCUCAGACAGACCUGUGUGGAGGAUCGACUCUGACUGUGUUCACUCUGGAUCUGCUCUGAGGGAGUGUGCAGCAUCAUCUUCCUCUUCCUCCAUCCUGGAUCUCACCUGCUCAGACUCUGUCAGGCUGGUGGAUGGGACCAGUCUGUGCUCAGGCAGACUGGAGGUGAAGUCUAACCAGAGGUGGUCCUCAGUGUGUGAAGCUGACUUUGACCAGCAGGAUGCAGAGGUGGUCUGUAGGGAGCUUGGCUGUGGGGCUCCUUCAGUCCUCCAGGGGGCGCUCUAUGGAGAAGUGGAGGCUCCAAUGUGGACCAAAGAGUUCCAGUGUGGAGGCCAUGAGUCUGCUCUCCUGGACUGCAGAAGCUCAGGCUCAGAUAGAAACACCUGCUCACCUGGCAAAGCUGUUGGACUCACCUGCUCAGAGUCUGUCAGGUUGGUGGGAGGAGACAGUCACUGUGCAGGAACACUGGAGGUCAAACAUCAGGGAGAAUGGAGACCAGUGGAGGACUCUGACUCUCCCUGGACCCUGAAGACAGCAGGUGUUGCCUGCAGAGAUCUGGACUGUGGCUCUGUUGUUUCUGUAGGAUGGAGAAAGGAGUCCUCAGCCAGACCUGUGUGGACGAUCAGGUCUGAAUGUGUUCACUCUGGAUCUGCUCUGAGGGAGUGUGCAACACCAGAUUCCUCUUCCUCUGUCCUGAAUCUCACCUGCUCAGACUCUGUCAGGCUGGUGGAUGGGACCAGUCUGUGCUCAGGCAGACUGGAGGUGAAGUCUAACCAGAGGUGGUCCUCAGUGUGUGAAGCUGACUUUGACCAGCAGGAUGCAGAGGUGGUCUGUAGGGAGCUUGGCUGUGGGGCUCCUUCAGUCCUCCAGGGGGCGCUCUAUGGAGAAGUGGAGGCUCCAGUGUGGACCAAAGAGUUCCAGUGUGGAGGCCAUGAGUCUGCUCUCCUGGACUGUAGAAGCUCAGGCUCAGAUAGAAACACCUGCUCACCUGGCAAAGCUGUUGGACUCACCUGCUCAGAGCCUUUCAGGUUGGUGGGAGGAGACAGUCACUGUGCAGGAACACUGGAGCUGAAACAUCAGGGAGAAUGGAGACCAAUAACUGUCAUUUACUCUCCCUGGACCCUGAAGGAAGCCGCUGCUGUCUGUGGACAGCUGGUCUGUGGCUCUGCUGUUUCUGUAAAACAGAAAGAGUUACCAUUAAGCUCCAUGUGGGGGAUCAACUUUCAGUGUGUUAAGUCUGUACCUGCUCUGAGGGAGUGUGCAAUAUCAGACUUCUCUCGCGUUAUCAUGGAUCUCACCUGCUCAGACUCUGUCAGGCUGGUGAAUGGGACCAGUCUGUGCUCAGGCAGACUGGAGGUGAAGUCUAACCAGAGGUGGUCCUCAGUGUGUGAAGCUGACUUUGACCAGCAGGAUGCAGAGGUGGUCUGUAGGGAGCUUGGCUGUGGGGCUCCUUCAGUCCUCCAGGGGGCGCUCUAUGGAGAAGUGGAGGCUCCAAUGUGGACCAAAGAGUUCCAGUGUGGAGGCCAUGAGUCUGCUCUCCUGGACUGUAGAAGCUCAGGCUCAGAUAGAAACACCUGCUCACCUGGCAAAGCUGUUGGACUCACCUGCUCAGAGUCUGUCAGGUUGGUGGGAGGACACAGUCACUGUGCAGGAACAGUGGAGGUCAAACAUCAGGGAGAAUGGAGACCAGUGAAUGGUUAUUACUCUGACUGGACCCUGAAGACAGCAGGUGUUGCCUGCAGAGAUCUGGACUGUGGCUCUGCUGUUUCUGUAGGAGAGAGAAAGGAGUCCUCAGCCAGACCUGCGUGGAGGAUCGACUCUGACUGUGUUCACUCUGGAUCUGCUCUGAGGGAGUGUGCAACAUCAUCUUCCUCUUCCUCCAUCCUGAAUCUCACCUGCUCAGACUCUGUCAGGCUGGUGCAUGGGACCAGUCUGUGCUCAGGCAGACUGGAGGUGAAGUCUAACCAGAGGUGGUCCUCAGUGUGUGAAGCUGACUUUGACCAGCAGGAUGCAGAGGUGGUCUGUAGGGAGCUUGGCUGUGGGGCUCCUUCAGUCCUCCAGGGGGCGCUCUAUGGAGAAGUGGAGGCUCCAAUGUGGACCAAAGAGUUCCAGUGUGGAGGCAAUGAGUCUGCUCUCCUGGACUGUAGAAGCUCAGGCUCAGAUAGAAACACCUGCUCACCUGGCAAAGCUGUUGGACUCACCUGCUCAGAACCUGUCAGGUUGGUGGGAGGAGACAGUCGCUGUGCAGGAACAGUGGAGGUCAAACAUCAGGGAGAAUGGAGACCUUUGAUUAGCUAUGACUGGACCCUGAAGACAGCAGGUGUUGUCUGCAGAGAUCUGGACUGUGGCUUUGCUGUUUCUGUAGGACAGAAAGAGGAUUUCUUAGGCAGCUCUGUGUGGACGAUCAUCUCCAACUGUAUUGAGUCUGGAUCUGCGCUGAGGGAGUGUGUAAAGUCAGAUUUUUCUUUCUACACCUGGAAUUUUCCCUGCUCAGACCUGCUGCUUCAGCCCAACAUCUCUGCGUCCUCCUCCAUGGACGGGGUCUCCGAGGCCCAGCAGCAGGGGUUUCAGGUGCUCAGAGGCUCCAACUUCACCAUCAGCUGCUCCAUCCAGCCACAGUACCCAGGAGGCUCCUUCCAGCUCACCUUCACCUCCUCCAACUCAGCACACAACUACACCCAACCAGCUGUCAAUCACUCUGCCUACUUCCUGUUUCUUGAAGCAGAGCCCGCCCACCAAGGAAGCUACAGCUGUGUUUAUCACCUCUAUGUUUUCUCUCAUAACUUCUCCUCUGAGAGCCGCCUGCUCUCCGUCACUGUCUCAGAUCCAACACCUUUCAUCAUCAGAGCCAUCGUGCUGAGUCUGCCUUUGGUCACUGUCCUUUACUUCUACUGUAAGGCCAGCAGGGGGCAGAAGGUGGCCAGACAGGAGAACACUGAGCUGGAUUAUUAUAACCUGGGUGUUGCUGCAGCUGAAGGAGAAGAAGAAGGAGCUCAGGGAGCAGAGUAGCACCUCCAAGGAGCUCACCUCACAUCCACAUGGGUUUUUAUACGCAUGUCAAAGUCACAAUAUAAAAAACAAUCAUAUUUUAGCCCCCCCCCACACUCAAAACACAAAUGAUCAGAAUAAAUAUAUGGUCUGUCAGUCACAGUUAAUAACCAAUACUGACAGUAACUGCAGAAGGAAAAACUAAAUAAAUAAAUAAACAGAAGAAACUGGUGGGUAGCGAUCACACAGACUUUGUAAAAUCAAGGCUGGCCUCAGAUAAUGUCGGUGGCUAUUGCAUCUCAAAGAUGGAGCUCAGGGCCUGGCUUCUCCAGCUGCAGUCCUGUCAUUUGAUGCAAUGAAGGCCUUUGACCAUCUCGAGUGGCAGCUUUUGUGGUCAGUGCUUCAUGUGAUGGGCUUUGGCAUUCCUUUCAUUAACACUGUCAAGGUGCUGUAUGAUAAUCCAACAGCUAUGGUGCAGAAUUUGCUCCCCUCCAUUUCCUAUCUGCAGAAGGUCGAGGCGGUGUUGCCCUUUGAGCCCACUGGUGUCCGCACUUUCGUUCAAGCUACUGGCACAGACUGUUUGUCACUCUCCACUGCUGUUGAUCACACAUCACCAUAUUUCGUUAUACAUGGAUGACAUGCUAUUGUACAUAAAUAGUGCUAAUUUGUGUGUAUUCAGCAGAUCCUGUCUAUAUUUGAUCAACAUGGGAAUCUAUUGGCCAUAUUACCACUGAGUCAGACAAUGAACAGUGCCCUGUCCCUUCCCUCAUUCCAGUCAUCAAAAAUUUCACAUACCUGUCAAUUGAAAAUUUCCCUUCAAUUCAAGCUAUAGUUAAACAUAAUUUCAGCAACAUGCUGAAUAGAAUUGCCUUUGAUGUAAUCGGGUGGUCUGUGCUGUUUCAAUAAUUAAGAUGAACACGUUACCCAGAGCAAAUUUUGCUGGCUAGACGCACACAAUGUCAACAAGGAAACAGCUUCUACACGACAACUUCAUAUCGUCUAAUUGUUCUGUCUUUGUACGAUUUCUUGACCUGAACAAUAUUUAGAAACCCUUUAAAUCCACCCAUCACUGAAGAACACAUUAGUUUUCAUGUCAUCCAUCCAAACUGGUGCUUCAAGUGAAAUUCUCUCUGUGCUUAUCGUCCUCUGAAAUGAAGAACACUCUGCAUUUUGCUCCAUACAGAGAUAACAGUGUCUGUAAAUCAACGAAGUCUUUCAGUUUCAGUCGUCCUGACUUUGUCCUUUGGCGUGUUCUCUUGGAUCAGCUUUAUGAAUAAGUCUUACAGCUCUGACUUUUAGCACUCUAGUUUUUGGAUUUAGGAGAAAGUUGUAUAUUUACUCUUUUUUUUUUUUUUAACCUGCCAGAGACCAUAGGAAUGACAUGUAUGAAUUUUGAAAAUGGGUGUGGUUCCUCUUUACUUCCAUGAUUUUGCUUCUUUCAUAAACAUUUUGUUUCUGAUGAAGGAUUUUGUUUAAGGAUCUUUCUUAAUUUUGUGCUAGAAAAAAACCCAAAUUUUCUGAUGACUGAUUUUGCCAAUUUAGGAUGCAGAAUUUUGCUUUAUUUGUGAUAAUAGAUUUUGGAUUUUUCAACCUGCGGCCCUUCGUUUCAUGUCACCCCUCUGUCAGCUCCCAUAUUUCCUGUCUGUCUUCAGCUGUAAUAUUAUGAACACACAAAAAAAGAAAUAUUAUAAUUUGAUGGAGGAUUUUGCUUAUUUCAUAAGAAUUGCGCUUGUUUUUUUGUUUUUUUUUAUGG